AUGGAUGACUUUUCAGUCAUUAGACCUUCUUUUGAUGGAUGUUUGGUUAAUUCGGAAAGGGUUCUGAAAAGAUGUGAGGAGUCAAAUUUAAUACUAAAUUGGGAGAAAUGUCACUUUAUGGUGACAAAAGGUAUAGUCUUGGGCCACAAGAUUUCACACCAUGGAAUUGAGGUAGACAGGGCCAAGAUAUCAACAAUAGAAAAUUUACCUCCUCCAGUGUCUAUUAAAGGGGUCCGUAGUUUUUUGGGCCAUCAUGGAUUUUAUAGGAGGUUCAUAAAGGACUUUUCAAAAAAUUUGAAGCCCUUAUCUACUCUACUUAUGAAUGGUAUGGUAUUCAACUUUGAUUUUGACUGUUUAAGGGCAUAUAAUACAUUGAAGGAGAAAUUGGUAUCUGUUAUGAUUGAUGUAUCACCAAAUUUGGAACUUCCUUUUGAACUAAUGUGUGAUGCUAGUGAUUAUGUAGUAGGAGUGGUUCUUGGACAGCGAGUUGACAAGGAAUUACUUGCAAUAGUCUUUGCAUUUGACAAGUUGAGGCCAUAUUUAAUUGUUAAUAAGGUGAUUGUUUACACAGAUCAUUCAGCUAUUAAGUACCUUAUGACCAAACAAGAUGCGAAACCUCGCCUGAUUCGAUGGGUCCUAUUAUUGCAAGAGUUUGAUAUGGAAAUUCGUGAUAAGAAGGGGACAAAAAAUCUAGUUGCAAUUCAUUUAUCUAGAUUGGAAAAAGGAGAAGAGCAUAAUGAGAUAGAUGAGCAAAUUGAUGAAAAUUUUCCGGAUGAACAAUUAUUUUCGAUUGAAUGUGAAGAAAAGCUACCUUGGUUUGCGGAUUAUGUCAAUUAUUUGGCAGCUAAAGUUGUGCCUCCGGACAUGUCAAGGCAGCAACUCAAAAAGUUCUAUUCAGAAGUUAAGCAUUAUUAUUGGGAUCAACCCAUUCUUUUUCGUCAUUAUGCUAAUCAAGUAAUUAGAAAAUGUGUCUCAGAAGAGGAAAUGAUUUCCAUACUUACUCAUUGUCAUACUUUGCAUUGUGGUGGUCACUUUGGAGGCACAAGGACAGCAGCAAAAGUUUUGCAAUGUGGAUUUUAUUGGCCUACAUUAUUUAAAGAUGCCAAUGCCCUUGUUAAGAGUUAUGAUCGUUGCCAAAGGACCAGUAAUAUAUCAAGAAGAGAUCAAAUGCCAAUGAUUGGAAUUCUAGAAGUUGAGCUGUUUGAUUUUGGUACUCCAAGAGCAAUUAUUGGUGACAGAGGCAGUCAUUUCAUUAAUAAAUCAUUUACAUCCCUAUGUGCUCAUUAUGGAGUUCAUCACCGAAAGGCACUAUUUUACCAUCCACUUGCUAAUGGUCAAGCUGAAGUGUCAAACCGGGAAGUUAAAAGUAUUUUAGAGAAAACUGUAAACACAUCAAGGAAAGAUUGGUCAAAAAGCUUGAUGAUUCACUUUAAUAGAAAGGUGUUUGUGCGAAGGGUUUUAGUAGAAUGUGAUAUUGAUAAUAUUGAUGCCCUAUAUCAAUUACCCAUGUUGUUGCAAGAUGAGGAUGAAUAUUAUCAAUUGGCAUAUAAUAGUGAAAUUGAUUGGACUGAGGUGGUAGAAACAUUAGGCAUUCCUGGUGCUACUUUUGUCAUGAAAAAUGGGGAACCGAAGCAUUUACGGAGAUAUCAAAUCAAUUGUGUGGCCAAGGCCUGGACUCUUUUUGUGAGUGUGCGGCUUAUGCCCAACACUCACUUAUCUGAAGUGGGUACUAAUAGGUGUUGUCUGGUAUAUGCUAUUAUGAUGGGACUCUUUGUCGAUAUUGGCCGAGUUAUCCACACAAGUAAUAGGGAUUUAUGCCGACUGACUACUACUGCCGGUUUGGGGGCACGGAUCAAUGAUUACUGA